AUGGUUUCACUGGAUCCCAUGGGCCUCCACGAUCUUCGCCGUCGUCAUCCUCUCCCAGUCCAGGGUGGUGUGGAUGAUGGGCAGCUGCCUCCGGAAAGAUUUCACAUAUGUGUCGUUCAUUUUCUGAUACUCUUCCAUCAGCCCGUUCUGGACUUGGUUCUCUGCUUUCUUCACGAGCUUCACAAAGUCUUGAGCAGUCUGGGCCUCGUCUGUGACCAACAGCGUCUCCUCCACAUCCCGUGUGACAGUCAGAUGGACGUUGCCAUCCUCAAAAUAGUGCACUUGAACCGUGAUGGUCCCGGUGACUCCGUGGAUGUGGAGGCCGGGGCCAAGGCGAAAGUCCACUCUGAUUUCCACGAGCCAUGCAACCUUGCUCCGGUGCAAGAGUACACCCAGGAUGUCGGGAUGAAGACGGACCUGGUGACGAUGAACCCCUCGGUCAUCCAACGGGCCUUCGAGGACCUGGUGAACGACACCUGGCGGGAGAAGCUGCUGCAGCGCCUCCACAGCCUCAACGGCAGCAUCCUCUGGAUCCCAGCCUUCAUGGCGAAAGGGGGCAAGGAGCGGGUGGAGUGGGUCAACGAGCUGAUCCUCAAGCACCACAUCAACGUCCGCACUGCCUACCCUUCUCUGCGCCUCUUGCACGCCGUCCGAGGGUAUUGGCUGACUAACAAAGUGUAUAUUAAACGCCCCACCACCGGCUUGCUGAUGUACACCCUGGCGACUCGCUUCUGUAACAGGAUUCACCUCUACGGCUUCUGGCCUUUUCCCCGGGACCAAGACCAAAACCCCGUCAAAUACCACUACUACGACAGCUUGAAAUAUGGCUACACGUCGCAAGCCAGCCCGCACACCAUGCCCUUGGAGUUCAAAGCUUUGAAGGCCCUGCACCAACAGGGCGCUUUGAAACUCACGGUGGGCGAGUGCGAGGGGGCCACGUAGAGAUGGGGUCCACGUGGGGCUCACUUUUCUUGACAAGAGGUCUGAGGAGGGGGAGCCCGGAGGGAGCAGUGAUGGGUGGAAAUGGUUUUCGUGACACAGAGAAUGGGGACCCAAGUAUAUAGACAUGGUACCAUUGUACGUCUUUGGGGUUCAUAAAGGGAAGAGCCAGGGGGACGCAGCCCAGGAGAGGGAAGGCGGUUUGGUGCAGGAGAAGAACUCGGUUCUUGCGGCCUUCCCCCGAAGCUUGGAAAGUCGAUGUGGUCUGUAUGGGUACUUUUAGCGUGACGAGUUAAUGUUAGGCCCGUGUUGUGAGUGGUCUAGAAUUGGUAGCUAGGAUCCGUUUGGCCGGCAAGCCGGGCUUCCGGCUCGUGUUGUGUUCUUGCUUAGUGGUAUUGAAGAGGGACUUGGGGG